GCUGAGCGUUGCCCUGUCUCUCGCUAUGCCCCCUCCCCCCGAGAGUUAGCGCCCUGGCUGCAAGGGAGGGUUGGCAGGUUUAAUGUUGUUUCGACAGCAAAAUACUCCACACAACCCAGGAUGCAUACAUUAAAAAACCCUUUAUAGGUAGAGAUCUUCUUGAGAACCUGUUUCUUUUCUUUUUUAGCUUUCUGAAAGAGAGUAAGAUCAGGGAAGAGUGAUGCUGACUAUUCACAAAGGGCUGCCACGUGUCCAAAAUAAACAGGCAGAAAAAUAAUAACAUCUGCGUCUUCUUCAGCUGACAGCAGUCGCAGAUCCUACUUCUGUUCCGAAGACAGGACGUUUACAGGCUAAAUGUGUUGUCCCUGUAGGUGGUCCUGCAGAAGCAAACAUCUUCACUGGAAGUUCUGAUAAUGCCGAACACGAACAGCAGGCAGAGAGAAAGAAAGCUGUAUAUCUGCAGAAGUUGUUGCUGCCGUUGAUGUGAACACUCUUGCCAAUGAAGUUUAUAAGCACAACUUUCCCAGCACACCAUUAUGGGCAAAGACAAUUGAGAAUUGGCCUGCAAGGUGAUGUAUCCGAUCCACGGACAAAGAGCUUUCUCUAUAUCCUUGAUAUUCUCCCAAGACUCCAGAAGCUUCCAAAAUACCUACUUUUAGAAAAUGUUAAAGGAUUUGAAUCCUCUUCUGCGAGAAAUGAACUUCUGCGAACACUAGAAACAUGUGGAUUUAAAUAUCAAGAAUUUCUCUUGUCUCCAACCUGUCUUGGCAUUCCCAAUUCUAGACUGCGAUACUUUCUAAUUGCAAAGCUUCACCAAGAGCCAUUUUCCUUUCAAACUCCUGGUCAGAUUUUGACAAGAUUCCCAGAUCAGGAUCCAGAAGACUUAUUCAAGGACAAAGUUGCUGACAAAGUGGGUGAAGCUAUUUCUUUCUCGUCUUCUGAAGAGAAGAAUCUGGAUCCAAACAUCGGUCCUGAUUGCAGCAGCAAGAAGAGUUUACCGAAAGGGUCCUUUCUUUUUAAGCUUGAAACAGUAGAAGAAAUUGAAAGAAAACACGGUCAGGACAAUGAUUCCUCUAUUCAAAUGCUAAAAGAUUUCUUGGAAGAGGAAAAUGAAGAAAUGAGUCAGUAUUUCUUACCACCGAAGUCCUUACUGCGCUAUGCUUUCUUGCUGGACAUUGUUAAACCCACCUGCCGUAGAUCCACAUGCUUUACAAAAGGGUAUGGACACUAUGUAGAGGGCACAGGCUCAGUUCUGCAGACAGCAGUAGAUGUACAGCUUGAAUCAGUGUUUAAACACAUUGAGGAGUUACCAGAAGAAGAGAAGCUUAUGAAAUUGUCAACACUAAAACUGAGGUAUUUUACCCCAAGAGAAAUAGCAAAUCUUCAUGGAUUCCCUCUGGAAUUUGGCUUUCCUGACAAAGUAACAAUAAAGCAAUGCUACCGUCUUCUGGGAAACAGCCUCAACGUACACGUGGUGGCAAAGUUGAUCUCUGUUCUACUUGGAUAAUUUAGAACCUGAAUCUGAUGAGUAUGGACUGGUGACAGAAAAUACUUCCAUCUGUCAAGAGAAAGCCGAUGGCAGCUGAACAAAAAUCAUAGCUUACCAAAAUAUCUGUGCAGAUAUUCUGCUGAACAUAUAUAUUUUUAAUACCUUGCUUUUAUGGUGGAUUUGUACUGUAGAGGUAUUUUAUUUAAAUGUAAGUUUCCGGGACUUAAUUGCUUUAUUUUAAUGUCCUUUUUAGUUUGCAAAAUGAAAAAGAGCAGUAUUUACAUAUACUUCAAUGAAAAUGGAUGACUAGUUUAUUUUAUAUUAAAACUAUCUUCUCAGUACAGUAUAAAAAGGCUGUAAAUGUAAAAGCUCUUUUAAGUAAGUGCAAAGACCAAGUUCUGCAUGUAAAAUGUCUUCAUCUGUAAAUAUCAGUGUAUGACCUGAAAUUUUGAUUUUUUUUUUUUCUUAUAGCUAAUUAAACUAUUAAAUUCAGUAUUUUGUAUAUGCUUUUUAAGGAGAGACAGUGUCAUCCUUGGUUUAUGGUUACCUCAUCCUCUCUUAAAACUUGCAGGUUUCUGGAACCCAACUGUAUCUGUCUGGAAUUAUUUGUUUAGUUGCAGUUGAAUAAAAAUAUUUCAAGAUUAUCACAACCCUGACAUUAACUUGCAAUGUUUCUGUUCUCACUUAUAUUAUUCAGGAUAAGAUCUUGCUCCUUACCAAAGACCAACACAUAAGACAAAAGAAAUUCUAAAGCUCCGUUUUUACGUUCCUAUGGCAUAAGAACUGGAGAAAAACUAUAUGCGCUUCUUCUGAAGAUUUCUUCCCACUUGAUAGUAGUACUAGGGUUAGGAGUGGGUGUUGGGAUGAAACCACUGCAUAUGGCCAUCCAGAGUGCCACAGCUACACCAUCUCAUAGAGCUGGACCAAAUGUUUUGUUUAAUCAUCAAGUCUUGUGAGUUUAGUAUCUCUGAAAUAAUAGAGAAAAUUGUGGGAAAACUGAAAGCCUUCUAAAGAAGCAUAUUUUCUAGUUGUUAUUUUUCCUUGCAGGUAAUAUUAUAUUGGUAUCCAGAGAAAAAGCAGCUUGAGGGAGAAAAAGGAGAGAUUAUACUUAGUAAGCAUCCAUUAGGGAGCAGAUGUGUCACAAAACUGAAGGAUCUCGUAGAUUGAUCAUAGUUCCUGUGCACCAGAGCAGUAAGUUGUCAAAGCUGCCAAUCCUGAAAAAGACCGUUUCUUGUUUGCUUGUUUGUUUGCUUGUUUUUCAUGUAGGAUCACAUAGGAACAAUCAUGGUGUAUUGCAUCUAGGCUUGGUAAUACAGGAGAAGCUAGAGACUAUAGAGAACAGAGUUGCUGUGGAGAUACUGCAGCUAUUCUCAUCUGCCCUAGUCCUGAAAAAGUCCUUUGUUAUUUUGUGCCAUAGUUAUGCUGACUCCUUGUGUAUUUCUUCUUCAGUCUUGAUUGCAUGCUGCUUCUGGACUGUUAAACCGGGAAAAGCUUGGGCUGACCUACUUCAGCCUGUCUUAUUCCCCAGGUACUUCUAGAUUUCUUGGGCUGUUCCAGGUAUAAAAGAGAAGUGGAAAUUGAUUCUCCUAAAAGAGCUCUGGACUAGGCUCUAGAGAAGGAUGAGCUUGGCCUCUAUCUUUACCUGGUCUCUUACAGUACUGUCAUGGCAAAAAAUACUAGGUUAACUUUAGGCUGUGCAUACUACUAAACUACAAAAAGCAAGUGUAUUUUUGACACUGUUAUGAACCAUACUUUCCUAUUUACGCAGUGGUUAUUGUGUAUGUUUAUCAGCCAGAUCAAUAACUAGUACCUGUGUGGUCUUGGGAGAAAUAUGAUAAUUGGAAGAUCUGUUGCUGUCUAAUAUGAUCCAAAUAUUGAAAUUAAAACAAAGGAGGUCAAUUUUAUGUAUAAAUUGUGAUUUCUUUCUGCUAAACCAUCUAAAUAUUCUGUUCAUUUUGCCUCACUAUAAUAAUAUUAGCAAAAUAUUACUAUUAACAAUUAGUUUUCAAUUCCUUAAUCUGUAAAACGUUUUAAUGAUUUAUAUGCCACUUAUAAGCAAGCAGUAUUAAAGUGUAAGUUGUAAGUUAUCUAGCUGCAUCUAAAACUAAUAUAGCAAUACAGCCUGUUACAUGUUGACAGUGAAUUUUAAUUGAGUGUGAUUGUGAAGUCUGAAAUCUGUUUGCUAAUUAGAGCUGUUUGUGAAGGAGCUAGUUUGAAAGGACAGAUUUCAGAGUUGUAAAUACAUAUUUCUGUAUUUUGCCCCUGCUAACCCUGUAAUACCAGCGCAGCUAAAUUGAGUGGCUGCUGCUUAUCCCAUCAGUUUAUCAUUCAUAGACUCGUUUACUGACGUCUGUUGGGUUGCACCUGCUUGACCUCACUUGGUGAUCACGUUGCUUCCUUUUCCGAGCAGUCUGCUAAUCGUAAGUGCUUUGUGGCCUGCAUCAGUGCUGCACUUCGCAACCUAAGCUUAAGCAUUUUCACAGCAAUGAGAUGUGAUUACAAAAGCGGCUGAAAGGUAAAUGAGUGAAAUCUGGAAGACGGCUCUGGAAAUGGAAGGAGUUUUCCAGAAUCUGGUUUUGUAGCUCACUUAUUCUGCACAUCUGAAAUACAUUUUGUUAUCUGAGUGAGAUGAUGUGGUUGCAUUCCUUCAAACUUGAGAAACUCCACUGAGGGAAAGGAUGUCAUAUUUGGUGGUGUCAUAUUUAUGCAGUCAUUUUUGAAGCUUUGUGCUUGCCUUACAGAAUGUCUUACCUACAUAAGCUUGUUUUUAUCUGAGUUAAUCUAGGAAUUUGUUACACUCAUGAAGAAACCUGUGUAGCUGUGAAGUUACUAAAAUACCGUUUGUUUAACGCAGUGGGUUUGAAUAUAUUUUUGACACAUGCACUCAGAAUUUUACAGUGGAGGUGCAUCCUUCCCUGCUCCUGCCUGCAGGCUUUUUUGUCUCACCUCUUACUGACCCUCAUAGGAGGAGUGUAAGGAUUGUCAGGAAUCUGUGUGUUACAGGCUGCAAAAACAUUCAUCUGUGAAAACACUAUCGUAUGUCUUAAACUUAGUCAUGGGUAAGCCCAUUUUGUUUUCUAAAGAGACAUCUCAAUAGAAAUCUGAACAGUUCCAGUGCUUCAAUGACUGUACAAUUUUGUUUUAGCAGUUGUCAUGUUUCUAAAAUAAAUAGAAAAUUUAGCAAAUAUUUGUUACAUCUCAGGAUGAACUAUUCAU